AAAUUCUCUAUAUAUUUCUGUAUCAAGGUAAGUUUGUUCCCAAACUUCUCCAACAUGGGUGUCUUUUAUCAUGAUGAGCCACCAAAAAUUUCCAGGAAGUGCAAGUUCCUCACUGCAACUUUGAAGGAUGCGUUUUCUAAUUGCCGUGCUCGUCGGCGGCUUCCAACUUCGAGACCAGAGGUGGAGCACCCAUCUAGUGACGGAGAUGAUGAGCAGGAAGUUGUUGUUUCAGCAAUUCGAAGCCGUGCAAUGGAGAACUCUAGGCAAAGAUCCUUUGUUCUGACAGAUAGCUUUUCUUGGGUGAUAUCUCCCAGAACUGGGGAGCUGUUGUUGGCUCCGAAAGUUUUGCCAGAAAACGAUGACGACGAUGAAGAUGAGGAGGAAGAAAGGGAAGAAUUUGUGUCUGUUAAGAGUUGUUUCUCUUGUCGUUCAAGUGCUUUGAGCAAUGAACCUUUUGUUUCUGUGAAGACAAACUUCUCACGCUGCUCAAGUUUCAGUGAGGUUCUUGAGUUGGAAGAUUUUCCAAGACGUUCCAUAUUUCUGGAUUUGUGUCACUGCAAAGGAUGGCCAUUUGGUCUCUGCAGGAAAGCCGUGUUGCUUCCUCCUUUGCCCAAAUCUCCUUCUGAAUCUUGGUCAUGGCGUAAACGCACCAGAAUAGUUAAGGUGGCUCGAGUUUAAUGCCCUUUCAUUCUAGCCUCAGCAAUGGAGGCAAGCAGAGAAAAACAAAAUAAUGAAUAAAGAUUUCCAAUUCUAGUUCUAGAAAUGAACCAUAACUGAGUGAUAAGAGAUCAGGGAGGUGAAAACAAAGCUCCAAGGUAUGAUACAACAGCAGGACUGAAAAAGGGAGUUUAGGGAGGACUGGAUUUGAGGAGCAAGUGUAUGAAUUACAUUUCUAUUGCAAAAUCAAGUAUGAUCUUCAUUGAGUUUUGUCCAAGGUUGUCUUAACUGGUUAAUUGAUUAGGAUAUCUACUCCAUUUCUAUCUGUUGGA